UGCCGUUGCUGCUGUUCGCCUGUCGCACGUGCUGCGCGCCACGCCCCCUCUCCCCGACCCCACGAGAGUCGCCCACCAUGCCAACCACAGAGGCGUACCGGCCGGGCCUUCUCUCCUCGCUACUACUGGGCACAGGGUCGCCAGCAGCAACACCAGGCGCUAAGGACGCACAGGCCAAGGUUGAGGAUGCUGCUGCUGUGAGUGGCACCGCAGAGCCGAAGAAAAAGCAGAAGAAGAAGAGCAAGAAGAAAAGCCAGAGCACCGCUGGAAAGGAUGCAUCCUCGUCCCCUGCCGCUGAUUCUGGUGUCGACAAGGGGGCGUCGGCGGGGGAUGCGGGGGCGUUGCCGCCUGCUGCGGAUGCGGGUGUGGUGGCAGGCCUCGCGUCGCUGUUCUCUCCAACCAACCUAGAGAAGUUCAAGCGCCGGGAGCGGACCGACAAGGAGGCAGACGCUGCAGAGGUUGCUCGAAUCACCAAGGAAGCACGGGCAAGGGAGCGGAGGGAGGAGGAGGAGGCAGCCAACGCUGGCAAGAAGAAGAACAAGAAGGCCAAGAAGAGAGAAGAGGAAGAGCAGGAAAACAGGCGGAAGCUGGAAGCGGAGAAGCGGUUACAGAUCGCGGCGAAACGGACGGCCGCGCUCGCCGCCGCAGCUGAAGCCGUCCGAGCGGACGGUUCAGCGAAAAAGGUGAACCAGUCGGCAUCUGAGGAUUUAGAGGAGGACGAGGAAGAGGAGAAGGGGGAGGAACAGGAGGAGGAAGGGGAAAAGGGUGGGGAGGAAGAGGAGGAGGAGGAGGAGGAAAGGGAUUCUGACAGCGAACCGGAGAGCGUGAUCGCUGGCCAGGGCGGGGAUAGCUCCGACGAGGACAUGGACGAUAUCGACGAGGGAGAGGAGAAGGACAACAACGGUGUCGCAAUGGCAGCGGGCCGGGGUAAGGCCGAAGUGGAGGCGGGCAACACCGAGAAGGCGUCCGGGGCCAAAGAGGAGGGGAGUAACGAUGACAAGGACGACGAGGAAAGAGAAUCGCGGACGGUGUUCGUGGGGAACUUGCCGACCAGCUUCACGCCAAAGAAGGUCAAGGCCGCCUUCAAGGAGUACGGCGCGGUGGAGUCGGUCCGGCUUCGCUCGGUCGCGGUAAAGGGGACGGCGGUGGACAAGGCCGGGGAUCAGCAACUGGUGAGAAAGGUGUGCGUGAACAGGGGCAUGGUGGACGAGGAGGUGAAGAGCAGCGUCAACGCCUACGUGGUGUACAAGGACGGGGCUAGCGUGGAAAAGGCCCUAGCUGCCAACGGCACGGACGUGGGGGGCAAGCACGUCCGCGUGGACAGGGCCAAGAGCGGCGAGUACGACCACACUCGCUCGGUCUUCCUCGGCAACCUUCCCAUGGACGCAGCGGAGGAGGAGGUUCGAGAAUUGUUUGCAUCAAAGCUGGAGGGCGGGCCAAAGUCUGUGGAAGGGGUGAGGCUUGUUCGAGACAAGGCCACGUUGGUUGGGAAGGGCUUCGGAUACGUGCUGCUUGCCGACAGGGCCCUGGCGGCUGCGGCGUUAGCCCUCCACGGUACGAAACUCAAAGGCCGGCCCCUUCGGGUGAUGCCGUGCGGCAAGAGGACCAAGGGGAGGGGCGGGGUCGCGAAGCCCGGGCAGGAGGCGAGACCACAAGUUCGCGAGCUUCGAAGGUAGGAGGACGACCGACGCCGGGGUGUUGCGCCGCCUGAAGCGCAAGCAGCAGGAAGGAGGUCGGGGGGGCGACGUGGGCAAGACCAGCACCGCCGACAGCGCCAGCGGCAGUGGGCGGGGUCGGGGAGGCAGGGGUGGCGGCGGCGGUAGCAGCGGCGGUGAUGACAGCGGUAAGGCGUUCAAGAAGCCCCGUUGGACCACGGAGGAUGGCGUUCGCGCGGGGAAGACGGCCGGGGGGCGGGCUGCCACGCCGAUCCCGACGCCGGGAGGGAGGGUUACCGGGGGGCGCGGCUCCGGGGGUGGGGGCAGGGUGGGUGGGCACGGCGGUGGUUCUUCUCGAGGGGGAAGGGGGCGGGGAGGAGGAAGAUGGGGGCGUGGGGAGUCGAGGGGUCGAGGGGGGGAGGGCAGGGGGGGCGGGAGGGGACGCGGGCGCGGUCGAGGAAGGGGUUGACGAGAGAGAUUCUAGCGGUGGUAUGGGAGGUUAGGCACCCCCCAGAAGUAUAUUGUUCUGUGUCUGGCGCUGUGGAAAGGUCUUUCCCUGAUCCAUUGGUAGGACGGGAUGUUCCCACGAUAGUGGCCGCAAGUUGAAGAGACCUGCUGCGUUCGCAACAGGUUUCUGUCGAUUUCAACAUCUCAGUACAACGGAGUUCAACCAAUCGGUGAUUUUCUUUGCUGGACUGUUAGAUGCGCGCGCAUGUCAGGCGCCGCCAAUGACGAUUCACUCCCCCCCGCCGAGCUUCAUCGGGAAUCAUCACUCCUUCAGCUUGCGCACGUCCUUGAAGGACUGAUAUCUGAAGGGAUUCGGGUGUGGCAUUGUUCACUGAACGCAACAUGGGUGAGAGAACGGCAGAACGUAAAGAUGAAGGGUGUAUGUUGGCGUCUUCGCGGUUGGGGGUUGAAUCGACACCUGGCGGAUUGUGGGAUUUUUGCUCGAGGAGAGCGGAAAUCGCCUUUUCGGACCACUGCAGCUGCGGGGCCCGUAGUUACACUGCCUCGAGGCGCCGACCGGUCACAGUUGACAUCAGAUCGAAGGCCCUGUUCCGCUUUGAUGACGGGUGUUCGCCUCAUUCAUUCGUCGUUUUUUCUUGCCACUUUUCACAUGGAUACGAGACUAUCCAAGAGUGCUGUUCUCGACCUUUGCCGCCACAGAUAGUAUCGGCUCAUUGCCCGCCGUUCCUU